AUGCCAUUGACAGAGCCUAUCGAUACCCCGCAAAGCACAAUCUCGUUCUGGGAAGACAUCGACAACUUUUACGUACCCCAAUCCUCGUACGUUCCCAACGAGAUAUGGCUCCACAUAUUUGAGCUUCUGGCCUCGAAUCCUGGAGCCCAUUGGCAUUCGGCCAGCACCACCCCGAGGACCGUCUCCGCCCCAUCUUCAAGCAGACGGUCCCCCGCUUCCCAGCACCAUCCUACCAACUCGAUACAGAACCCAAAUCAAAAUUCCGAUACGCUCCUCGAAUACAUCAUCACCAAUGAAAGCAGUUUAAUCAACAAAUCACCACCUGGGAUGUUCCAGGACAUCCUAUCCACCAAUUCUGUAUGCAGGACAUGGCACCACCUCAGCAAACCGCUGUUGUACGAGCACGUAACAAUCACCAGUGCGCAGCGCGCACAAAGACUUUCAGCAUUAAUAGACUUUAUGCGGCUCGACCCUGAUGGGAGUCGAGCAGGAGAGGAAGACGGGAUGAACGACGCCUGCAUCCCAACACACGCGACUAAACGCCUUGACAUCAUUUGGGACGCCAACUUCCGGUGCCUCGAUCUCGAUUUGGUAAUCCAAUGUACAGAUCGAGAAAUAGCCGACUACCUCAGCAACAUCCUCUCCACCUGCCCAAAUCUCGCCACACUCGCACUCAUCGUUCCACAGGAAGUUGACAGCACCAUGUUGGGUGCCUUGUUGUCCGUAUUUUCGACGAUACCUCCAGGAUAUUUGAAACGGCUUGAAUUGGGUCUUCCGUUCAAUGUCGGUCCAACCUUGGCGUUCACGCUACAAACGGGGCGACAUUUAGACUCGUUGGAGGUGCUGUGGUUGACGAUGCCAGCUCUGCACAUGGACCACCCCGUAACCCUUCCCCGAGUGCACACACUUGUUCUCCAAUACACCGGACAGGGCUCCAGCUUUCCACACCACGCCAACACCGAACACCUCAACUUCCUCCGCCUCCCCACACUCCAGACAUCCGCAGUCUUCAUAGACCCCCGACUCUCCACCGACAGGGUAUUUCCCAACCUCCCGCGGAUUGUUCGCAGAACACUCCAACACCUCUACUGUCGCACUGUGCCUGUAGGACUGGGAAGCGCUGGGUGGCACAGGCUCCAAUCGCUCGGAAUCUCGUACGAGGCAUUUGCCAAAAAAGGAUGGAAGUACACCCAUGUCCCUACUCGAAUCAAGUCGGUUAUGGUUUCCUUCAAGGAGGGUUCUCUGCCUCGUGACAAUUCACUCUUCCCCAGUGUUCGAACUCCGGGAAGGUUGGAAGAGAACUUGUACAAAUUGGCUUCUCGAACGUGUUUUCCGGCGCUGAAGCGGCUGAGGCUUUGCUUGCCUUACGUCUCCUUGGAGGACGGUCACGAAGUCCCCAUGAGGUUUCCGCUACUGGACAAUGACGAAUGGUAUAUCUGGAAUGAGCGCCUUGAGAAGUUGAAGAUGGAUAUCGAGUUUGCAAUUUCGGAUGAUUGGUGGACGGCGAGCGGGUGGUCUAAGGUUUCGGCGAGGGCUGCAUCCGAGCGCCGAAACGCCGAAACCCUAUCCUAUGGGUUGAAGACGAAGUGUAUUGGGCAGCACGGAUAG